AUUGAUAGACGUACUUGUUGGUAAUGGUAAUAAUAAAUAAUUAGUGUUGAUAGAAGUCGAUUUACUAUUAUGUGACUUGUGACAAAUUUACUGUUUUCCAAAAUAAAUAUAAUAUACCUUGAACAUCUGUGAUAAAACGUACAACAUGGUUUAUAUAAACAAAGAUGGGGCGGUCGUAGAACGCAACCCCUUCAAUAUAUUUGGAUGGUUUUGGGGUGCCAUUAAUUUCAUCUAUUUAUUCUUUCAGACACUGAUAAGUCCAAGCUACAGUAAGCAUGGAGACAAGUAUGUUCAAGACUUCAGGCCUCCUGGCAGCGGACCCCCGAAACCCCCAUCGAAGAAGUUUGGUGGAUUUGGUCCUUCGAGUUCUGGACCGUCACCACCACCUAUGGGCGGCGGAGGCUGUGGGUGUGGUUAAAAACAUAUAUCCUGACCAGGAGAGCCAUUAGCUGGAGUGAUAUACCUAUUGUGUGUUAUGUCAUACAGCAUUCAGAGUUUAUGAGAGUUAACUUUAUUGUAUGUGUUACGCUAAAGAAAGAAAUCGAUCAGUGAGCGAAAAAAUAGCUCACAACGCGUUGUGGUCACAUUGCGAACACGACGCGUUCUGGCAAUCACAAAAAGACUAUGCGCGAAAUUCGUUUCGCGGCUGAUAUGCUAUUCGUUUUUCUUGAUUUGUUCUUGAUUGAUUAAUCGUCUAUGGGUAUGGAAGAUUAUAUUUGAAUUACUACGCGUACUACUAAAUAUUUUUUCUUUUACCACUCCUAAUCACUGCAUAAUGUGUUUAUGUAGGCAGACAGACAGACAGACAGUAAUAACAUUAGUACGGAUAGUAUGGAACUAUGGA